GUUGGUGCUCCUGUUACUAUUGUGUGUGCUGUUUUUUGAGACAAAAUUAAGAAUGGUAUUACUAGAAUCGCUUGAAAACCGUGAAGAACAUUUGGUGGACGAGCUGCGGAGUUUGAUUAUCACUCGCUCGAAGGACGGGGCAACGGUUGAUGAAAUAAUAGACGACUACUACGAGAUAAAUGGGACUCACUUAUUAAAUCUCUUCCACACCCGGAGUGCCCUGACACGCUUUCUAGUCGCUAUGGUCGGGGCAUGGUGUUCGAUGGAAGGAUCUAACGGCGUGAUCCUGUGGUAUUGUCACACGCCAAAGACGAACCACAUUGUGGAAUCGAUACAAAAGCAACCGUCACCGGUGCGAGCCAAGAACUAUCGAGAGUACAUGCCCAGAAGCUUCCCAGACGAAAGUGCUCCGAACGAUUCGCAGACAGGGCAGGAACCUUUGCCGAAGUGCUCCGAGAAACAGGUUAUGUGGCGGACCCCGGUUCGCUACAAUCGACGACGUGUACGAAGAAAGGAACGACGAAGAAGGUCGUAUUCCGCGGCAAGAAAGUUUGCCAAAAAGUACUGGAGCCUUCCAACAGCGGAUGAACUUGACGUUCGCAAGUAUGGACCAUCUUUCCACAAGCAUCAGUUGAUGGGUGAUGACUUUUUUCUCUCCAUAGCUAAAUGGGACCUGGGAUUCUCUUUUGAACGAGGCCACAAAAUUGCUAGGAGCGGCUUGUGCAUCUCCGGACUGACGCUUUGUGAGGCUGCAAAACGAGUGAAAUUCACCAAGUACAUUGCACCAAACGUGCUCGUGAAUGUCGGAACCGUCGAUCUGCUUUACGGUCGCCAGAUGACGAAUUUGAUUGACGAUUUCAACUCCCUGUUGGCACGGUUCCGGGAGCGCUACGUAGAACCCAUCAUUACAACGCUGGCCCCGAUCGCAAAUGUGGUUGGCUGCUCGUUGAUGCACGAACGGUUGCUAAAAUUCAACGAGUACAUACGAAGCAUCUGUCCGCGGUAUAUCGAUGUGUGGAAGUACUUUGUCCACCCGGACAACUCGGUACGUUUCGAAUGCUACCAGCAAGAACCGCGUCACAUGACCGGAAGCAACAGACCGCACGUGUUGUGGAACCUUCACGGCCGUCAAAACUUGUUGCACGAACUGGGCAAUGCAGUUGCUGAUCAAAUAUGCGAUGACCCAGUGCAGAGCAAUGUCUAAGUGUCUUAUCACCGAUCAGAUUAGACGAUUGCUAGCAGCUUGUUCUUUCCAAUAUCUUUUACAUUUACUGCAUCCACAUUCUACCAACAACACCGGUGUUCGUAUUCGAUUUUAACCUGUUUAGUUUCUCAUUGUGGAUAAUUUUAUAAGUUAGUUUUUUCUUGUAAUGAAUACUUUGUCUAAUCGCUUUGUCCAACGUUAAACGUUUUACGCUAACAACUAGAUGCUUCGUUGAGUGGCACACGGAAUGACAUCGGCUGGACGGCGACAGGGUGAGUUCAUGGGAAGAACAUUCGCGUUGCCCCCUAAUCCGGCCGAUUGGCCAACGGAGAAAUGUUCUUGAGAAGUGAGUGGUGCAGUUCGUUCGUGCGAAGCGGCAAGAGUUCGUCCUUGUCCGGAUGACGAACUGGCUUGCCGCUUCGCAGACUACUGGGCCCAGGCGAAACAUCACCACUUGCAUGGAAUGCCGAACCCGUCAAGCCGAUGUCAUUCUAUGGGCUCUACAAUAACGGAAUUCGCCAAAGCUGGACGCCGGCGUUCAACUUUACAAUUGAUCAUGAUCAAUAUUCAUACCAAACAGCAUCGCCUCAUGCGCAUUGUGUUGUAUAUUUAUGUUUUAGUGCCUUUUGUGAAUGUGUAUCUUUUUGUCUAAAAAUAA